UUCCUUCCUGAGUUUGCUUUCACCUUCACGAAUCUCUCUCGCACCAACCGGCGGCUCGUUUCCUCACCCCCGCCGCCGCGCCGCCAUGCUCCGGCUUCAGCGCUGCGUCCUCACCCAGCUCCUCUCGUCUCGGUCCGCCUCUCCCGUCUCCCAUCUCCGCCGCCUCAUCUCUGCCGCCGCGCCGGUCGUCUCCCCGAACCCUAGCUUCGCGGUGGAGAACUACCUCGUCGACACCUGCGGCCUCACCGGGGCCCAGGCACUCAAGGCCUCCGCCAAGCUCAACCACCUCAGGUCCCCCUCUAAUCCCGACGCCGUCCUCGCCUUCCUCGCCGGCCUCGGCCUCUCCAGCGCUCACGUCGCCGCCCUCGUCGCCAAGGACCCCAAGUUCCUCUGCGCCGGCGUGGAGAGGACCCUAGCCCCCGUCGUCGUCGGGCUCACCGGCCUCGGUCUCUCGCGUCCUGAGAUCGCGCGCCUCGUCUCGCUCGGCGGCGCCCAGUUCCGUUGCAGAUCCAUCGUCUCCAGCCUACAAUACUACCUGCACCUCUUCGGCUCCGCCGAGAAGCUCUUCCGGGCGCUCAAGUAUGGCUCCUGCCUUCUCUCGUCCGACCUUGAGCUUGUGAUCAAGCCCAACGUCGCGUUCCUGGAGGAGUGCGGGCUCGAUCCUUGCGAUAUUGCCAAGCUGUGCACCUGCGCGCCAUGGUUGCUUAGCACCAACCUGGAGCGUCUCCAGGCAAUGGUUGCAUGUGCUGAAGGUAUAGGCGUGCCUCGGGGUUCCGGGAUGUUCAGGCAAGCACUGCAGGUCGCAUUCUACGGCGAGGAGAAGAUCACAGCCAAAGUGGACCACUUGAAGAACAUGUUCAGGUGGUCGGAUGCUGAGGUGCGCAUUGCUGUUUGCAAAGCUCCAAUGGUGCUGACGUUGUCCAAGGACCUGCUGCAGAGGAAGUCCGGGUUCCUGGUCUCUGAAGUUGGGUUGGAACCGGCAUACGUGGCUCAUCGGUUGACAUUGCUCACUUACAGCCUAGAGGGCCGGCUAAGGCCCCGGUACUAUGCUGUAAAGUUUCUUAAGGAAAAUGGAUUGCUAGAUCAUGGACGAGACUACUAUGCUGCAGUCGUGCUGCGCGAGAAGGUAUUCAUGGAGAAGUUCAUAUGCCCUCACAAGAAAGCUGCACCGCAGCUCGCCAAAGACUAUGCAGCAGCUUGCAGAGGGGAAGUGCCGGCUAGAUUCAGAUUUACAUGAACAAGACCAGUAUGAAAUUUCGUGACAUUUUCACUCUUUGUGUGAGAUUCAAGACAAACAUGCAACACAUGUGGUGGCUACCAUAAGCUAAGCUGGACUGUCGAAGACUCGAAGUAAUUGUUCUUGAGGUAUCUUUAUACAUUUACUUUAUAUAAUGGUUGAUUGAUCUAGGCAGGGGUAAUGGCUCCUGUGCAGUGUUCAGUUUUUCGGAACGAAUUACCUUUGACUGACAAAUACUCCCUCCUUGUCAGGCUUAAUUCAGAAGUAGUCUUCUAUCUAUUGUCGGUACCUUGCCUUGAUGUAGGUGACGGCGUGUCCUUGACGGUGGCGUGGAUAACGAAGAGAUCGCCGCCUACCUGGGGAUGAUCAGGAGACAACGCAGCAGCAGCAGCAGCAGAGGGGAAGCUGCAAUAAUCCUGCCCUGCGAACUCAGCAGCACAUGUUCCCAGCCCUCUAUAUUUACACAUACGCCUACUAAAAUUUUAUCAGCAACGAUGUACUAGUAUUGUUCUGUUUCCAGAGCAAACUCCCCAAGGUUUAUUUAGAUCAGCUGAGGAGGCUAAUAUACUGCCGAACUGCAUAUUUGGACAGUGAUGGUCCAUCAUUCAGGGAAAAGUCAGACAUCUGCAAGUUCAUGAUUGUGGACUUUACACAGAGAAGAGAGCCUGCCUACUAUUCAUACAUGCAAAUAAUAACGCAGUGAUGGAGCUACAAGUUAAGUCGUACCAGAGCUAAAAAACUGGGGUUUGAAUGAACAUGACAGGUAUAUGGUGCCACGGACAGGGAAUUGGAGUCAGUUCAACUACAUAGAUAGCCAGAGAAUGAGCAGCUAUGACAAGAUAGUGCAGAUCUAACGAGACAUUCUAGUUCCCAAAGAGCAGCAGCAAAGGGGAAGUUCCGCAGAAACAACGGAGAACCAGCUCAAAUUUCCUGACAGUCAAGUGCGCCGCACACACACACGCGAUUGGCGCACCUUCUACUCGCUGUCACCCAUGUCCUUGUCUCCAACCAGAUAGAGCUUCUGCCCGUCAUUGACCAUGUCCACAUCCUGGACCGUCGCGCCAUCCUGACAGAGCAAGCGCAGGCAUGAGCUGGACAAACCCAGCUUCUCUUGGGCUGACCUGAUGAGUUCAUUGAUAGUGUGAGGAAUCCACAGCAUCACCCCCUCCUUUCGCUUGGCAUCAGUAUCCCAUGGAUGGUAAGGGAACACGGAGCAUCGUCGUGUAUGCAUCUUAUCUGCCAACAGAAGUUCUUUUUGUCAUAAAUGAACAAUGUGCACGUGAUUUUCGCAGAGGUGCGAGCUUCUGAACUUGCCUCUCACUUCUUCGCCUCGUGUGGGGAACUUGGAGAGCUCGUCAACUUUCGCCUGUUCAAGCAGCAUUAUAAGUGGCUUACUCCCGGACUUGUGUCCUUCAUCCAGAGGAGUAGUACCGCGUCUGCAUAAUUGGCAAUGUCAAGCUCAAACAUGCCUUCAAAGUUACAAACUGAGUACUUCUUUAGCAAAAGUAUUACACUCUAAGUGGUUUCAAGCUUGAUGGCACAGAUAAAAGAUGAAGUAUUGUUUGGUGGUACCUGUCUGUUGCAAGCACACUUGCGCCAGCGUCUACCAGCAACUUUGCCAUAAUAUAAAAGCCCUCUGCAGCUGCUAUAUGGAGAGGAGUGCGGUGGUCGUAGUCUUUCGAGUCUGGAUCCGAACCAUAAGCUAGAGCCCCCCGAAUGAAAUCAGAGUCUCCCUUCGAUACUGCUAUGCAGAGAUGGCUACCGGCAUUCUCGAGGUUCAGCUUGGCUCCUUUGCUGAAGAGUAAUGUGGCCACUCGUUCAUGCCCCUGCUUCACCGCCUCUAGUAAGGGUGUGUUCCCAAAUUUAUCUGUUAUCAAGCAAAGAUUAAGUGCAUAAAAAUGUGUGAUCACAUAAUAACUAUACAAGUGUAUAUGCAAGAAGCUGGAAAAUUGCUGCAGGGAUGCAUUUUGACGAGUGAGCAUACCAGUCAGAUUGAUAUCAGUCCCUUCAUGGAUAAGGAAGUGCACAACAUCUUCAUACCCUUUGGAAGCUGCAAGAUGCUGCAACGAAGAUGCUUGUUACAUCAGGCAUGCAAUAUUUAUCAUGGAGGGCGCAACAUUUUGAAUUAGAUAAGAACCAUAUAACCAAGUCUUAGAAUUCGUACCAAAGGAGACCGCCCAUCGUAAUCAGUGUUCUUUGGAUUGGCUCCAGCUCGGAUUAAGCCAGUCAACUGAUGAAGGUCACCAUAAAAAGCGGCAUUAUUCACUCUUAAGUCGGAAAUAGCACAUCAAGAAAAAAGAUGCAGUAUCCAUGAAUACUGGAAUUUGAUGAAAUAAUUAAUGGUAUGUUGGUGGUUUCUACUGUUUACCUCGCAGUAUGAUGGAUUGUUCCUCCAGUGCUAGGAGAUGUACCUGUCCACAGCGAGGCGCUAUUGGUUUCUUCAACCUUGAUGUUCCAGGACUCCAAUUUUGAGAAGCGCCGCGUGAAUACGCCCGUGCAUGUGUUCUUGGUAUUUUGUUUAGAAGACAAAAACAAUGAAAUGGUCGAGGGCAGUAAUAUGCAUAUGCAUGGGCGUGCAAUCAGAUCGAAGCUGUUCUCCCUUUUGUUUUAAAGACAUUGUUCGAUUUCAUUAUCUGUUCCAUCUUCCACUGAUCAACAAGGCAAGGCCAAGUCAGUAUGUCACAUGCUUCCACCCUCUAUUUUUCUUGUAAAGGAUGGUUAGCUUUUUUUUUUUGAAAAAUCAUCAUCCAUUUUAUCUGUUUUCCUGAUUAUAUUUGUUUUGAGGGGAGAUUAUAUUUCAUAUUGCAGUUAGCCAUCACCCAUCAGUAGAAGCAUCAUGUAAGCGCAGCUGCCUUGCAAACACUGCAGCUCUAACUCAGAAAUUAACCACACCAAACUCAGGUUUCAGAAA